AUGACUACAAAGACUACUUUGCUACUCGUUGCGUCAACACUGGCGUCGAAGGUGCUUUCUGCACCCUUUGGCGGUAACUCCACGCUCUCUAGUGGUAUAGUGGAUCUAGAGAUCACUCAUUUUUACAGCAACAAGACGGGGCCUUUACCGCUAGUCAAGGUCGGACUCGGAAGCCCUCCACAGAUCGUGACAAUGAUCAUCGAUACUGGCAGCAGCGACCUAAUUUCUCCUGAGACUGGGAGCUCAGUGUGCGGGAAGCCGCAGCAGCUAUGCACGCAGAACUCGUUCGGCCUUGUCCUCGGCUCUUUCAGCCCCGACGCGUCAAGCGGUGUCGAGAAGACGGGCCUACUCCUCAACACAAGCUUCGGGACAGGCGAGACAUACCAAGGGCCUUUUGUCAAGGGCCUUCUUACCCUCGGAAGCAACAAUCAGACCAUAUCAGAUGCUGAAUUCGCCCUCCAGGAGGACGGUUUUGUUCCCGAGGGAACACCGUCUUUCGCCGUGUUUGGAGUUGGACCAGUCGGCAAUGAGGCGUCCGACAGGCCGUACUCGAAUGUCCCAAUCUCGAUGAAACAGGCCGGCGUCACCAAGACAAGUGCCUUUGGGGUUUAUGUGAACGACUUCCGGGGGACACCUGGAUCAAUUGCAUUUGGUGGCGUGGAUAAAGCAAAAUUCAGUGGCGAGCUGAAAGAAGUACCACUUAUUUCCAAUGAUCAAGGAGAGUUCCCGCAGUUCGUCGUGGGGUUAAGCUCCAUGACGGUCACAGGUGGCAAUGGGCAGCAGGUGGGACCACAGAGGCGAGCACCAGGAAACUUGCUCAGCGAGACCCAGCCUGCUCUCAUCGAUACGGGCAACCCUGAGCUCGACCUACCCGCCGAUGCAGUCCGAGGACUAGCUCAAACUCUGGGGGUGGAAACCAGAAAUGACCAAGACGCUGUGUUGCUUGGGAAUGUCCCGUGCAACCUCGCUUCCAUGUCACUGGCCUUCGGGUUCGAUAAUGACGCGACCAUGAUGAACGUUCCACUUGAUCUCCUGAUGGUCCCUGGCGAUGUCCCAGGGCAAUGUGCAAUCCCAUCAAUCAUUGGGCUUCAGAACGGGGUGGUUGGUGGACUGACCAGUCUCGGUAACCCGUUUCUCCAAGCGACUUAUGCUGUCUUCGACAGCGAAGGGAAGAAGAUCUUGCUCGGGCAGGCUGUCAUGAAUGUGACAGAAAGUAACCUAGUCCAGUAUGCCGGUUAA